AUGGCCUACGGCGGGAAGUCGGCCGUCGACGCCAUCCUCGCGGAGGCGGCCGACCUCGUCGCGCUGGAGCAGAUCGCGAGGCUCAACACGGCGCACCUCGACGACUCCGCGGCGCUGCCCUCCAGCCUCGAGUCCCGCUUCCGCAAGCUCAAGUCCCUACCCGCCGCCGCCCCCUUGCCCCCGCCCGCCAAGACCCUGGGCCGCAGCGUCACCGCGCCGCCGCAGCACCGGGACGAUCCUCCCGCCCACUCGCCUCCCCAAGCAAACCCUCCCGCGCCUGCCCCGGAUGCGUCCCGGAAAGACGACCAGACCUCUCCGCCGCAGCCUCCUCCGAACCCGACCGUCCCCGCGGUUCGAGAGGAAGACGAAGACGAGGACGAGGACCUGGAGCGGCUGUUCGGGCCACGGCGGGGCCGGCCGACGCUGAAGGAGCGGAACCGGCGGACGGACUCCUCCUCCUCCUCCCAGUCCCCGCCGCCGCCGCGCCAGGCGUGCUGCUUCCCCUUCUCGCCCAAGAAAACCCUGCAGAAGACCCCUGCCACAAGGAGCAGCAAGAAGAAGACCCACGCCGAAGGGUACACCGGCGACGUCCUCGGCGUCGACGCCGGCGAGUGGGGCGACGAGAACAGGCGGAUGGCCACGGAGCUCAGGGAGCAGCAGCGCAAGAUGAAGAAGGCGCUGGAGGAGCAGGUCAGGGUGAGCAGGGAGACGGCCAAGAUGGCGCGCUGGGUCAAGCAGGCCUCCGCGCGCAUGACGCACACCGAUGCCAUUGACGACCUGCUCAGCGACCUCGACGACGACGACGACCUCAAGUGA